UCAACAGGGAGAGAGCCUGCCUGCAGCAAAUCUUCACUGGAGAGAAGGGGACAGAGCAAAGAUGUCUGAAAACCAAAAGUCAUGGCUGCAGCGGCCCGAAAAUGGCAGGACAAACAACACCUAUGCACUUAUGGGCCGACAUGAGGAGCAAGUACUCAUCAGCCGUAGGGACAUCGUGGACAAGAAGGAUGCCUUGGACAUGCAAGAGUUCAUCACUACCUUGUUCGUCAAGCAGUUGCUUCGACAUCCCGCCUUCCAGCUGCUGCUGGCCUUGCUGCUUUUGACCAACGCCAUUACCAUUGCUAUCCGUACCAACUCUCACCUUGGUCAGAAACACUAUGAGCUGUUCGCGAUCAUAGAUGACAUUGUGCUGACCGUCCUUAUGUGUGAGGUUCUUCUCGGCUGGAUCAAUGGCUUCUGGGUUUUCUGGAAGGAUGGCUGGAACAUCCUCAACUUCGCAAUUGUCUUUCUAUUGUUCAUGCAAUUCUUCAUAAAACAUCUUAAUAUAAUUGCCGUCACCUACACUCUCAGGGCACUUCGGCUGCUACAUGUGUGCAUGGCAGUGGAGCCCCUAGCCAAGAUCAUCAGGGUCAUCCUGCAGUCGGUGCCGGAUUUGGCCAACGUUGUGGCCCUCAUCCUCUUCUUCAUGCUGGUAUUCUCUGUGUUUGGGGUCACACUCUUUGGUGCGUUCGUGCCCAAGCAUUUCCAGAACAUGGGGGUGGCACUGUACACCCUCUUCAUCUGCAUCACCCAGGAUGGCUGGCUGGACAUCUACAGUGACUUCCAGGUAGAAGGCGAGAUAGCCAUUGAAGUUGGAGGCGCCAUCUACUUUGCCAUCUUCAUCACCAUUGGCGCUUUCAUCGGCCUCAACUUGUUUGUGGUUGUCGUGACCACAAAUCUGGAACAGAUGAUGAAGAUAGGAGAGGAGGGGCAACAGCGUCAGAUAACUUUUAGUGAGCCAGGUGCAGAUGAAGAAGACUUUGGCGACGACCUGCCAUUGGUGCAUUGUACAGAGGCCCGCAAGGAGGCUUCUGGUCACCCCCAGGAGCCGCUGGUUGGGGGUCCCCUGUGCAACCUCACGGAAAAGACCUGCGAUAAUUUCUGCCUGGUGCUUGAAGCCAUACAGGAGAAUCUGAUGGAGUACAAAGAGAUCCGAGAGGAGCUCAACACGAUCGUGGAGGAGGUGCGCUCCAUCCGUUACAACCAGGAGCAGGAAAAAGAGUUGUUGCAAAAGCACACCUCCAAAAGCCUGUCCUUCCAGAGCGAGUCCUCCCUAGACAUGCGUGAGGUGGCUACCCAGCAAGACUUGAUCUCUGCACUGGUCAGCAGGGAAAAGGUUCAUGAGUCUAGCACAAAUAUGCUUAGCAAACACAAGUUCAGCCUCUGAGAAGGCAGAAUGGGAGCCAAGGGGCCUGCACACACACGGGAUCAGCUGCUGCAUCUUCCUGCAUCCCUGACUGGAGCCCAUCGCUCUCCCUUCCACCUGGGUGGCAGAGGCCACGGGGCUGGGAUGGUGGCAGCAUCUGCAGGGCUUAUGCCUGUGAGCCUGAGAUCCGGAGGAGUCAGGACAAAGGAUUCUGGGCGAGAAUGGAAGCCCCACAGCAGGGAUGAGCACAGAAGGGGGUAGCCAGGCGGUAGCCUAAAGAUGAGUAUCCCUGACAUCUGCUCCAGCUGGAGCUGGACGAGGCCUGGGUGGGCCCAAGCAUUGAAAAGAGCCAGGCCAGUAAGAGUGCAUACAGUAAGGCUGUAUGCACCAAAAAUAAAAUUUCAUGUUAUAAUCAAUUA